CUGCUCCCCCUCCCCACAGGCCUCAGGAUGUCUCUGGCAGAUGAGCUCCUGGCCGACCUUGAGGAGGCAGCAGAAGAGGAGGAAGGAGGAAGCUAUGGAGAAGAGGAAGAGGAACCAACGAUUGAGGACGUGCAGGAGGAGACACAGCUGGACCUUUCCGGAGAUUCGGUCAAGAGCAUCGCCAAGCUGUGGGAUAGCAAGAUGUUUGCUGAGAUCAUGAUGAAGAUUGAGGAGUAUAUCAGCAAGCAAGCCAAAGCUUCGGAAGGUACCUUCUCCCUGCCCACUCGCCCUCACCCACCCCGCCUGCUCUCCACAUCCUCCCUGGCAGGGCCACCAUGGGAUCCAACCAGACACUCACGUAAAGGUGCGCACACGGUGAGCUCCCAGACAAAUGCCCCUGCCUCUUCUGACCCCUCUCCCACCCUCCCUCCUGCUGUAGGGGUGGCUGGCGGCCUGACCAACCUCUCCAAGAUGCCCGCCUGCAACAUCAUGCUGCUGGGUGCCCAGCGCAAGACGCUGUCUGGCUUCUCGUCCACCUCUGUGCUGCCCCACACCGGCUACAUCUACCACAGCGAUAUUGUGCAAUCUCUGCCCCCGGAUCUCCGGCGGAAAGCGGCCCGGCUGGUGGCCGCCAAGUGCACGCUGGCAGCCCGUGUGGAUAGUUUCCAUGAGAGCACAGAGGGGAAGGUUGGCUACGAACUCAAAGAUGAGAUUGAGCGCAAAUUCGACAAGUGGCAGGAGCCCCCACCUGUGAAGCAGGUGAAGCCACUGCCCGCACCCCUUGAUGGGCAGCGCAAGAAGCGAGGUGGCCGCAGAUACCGCAAGAUGAAGGAGCGGCUGGGGUUGACGGAGAUCCGGAAGCAAGCCAACCGCAUGAGCUUCGGGGAGAUCGAGGAGGAUGCUUACCAGGAGGACCUGGGCUUCAGCCUGGGCCACCUGGGCAAGUCAGGCAGCGGGCGGGUGCGGCAGACACAGGUGAACGAGGCCACCAAAGCCAGGAUCUCCAAGACACUGCAGCGGACCCUGCAGAAGCAGAGUGUAGUGUAUGGCGGGAAGUCUACCAUCCGAGACCGCUCCUCAGGGACUGCUUCAAGCGUGGCCUUCACCCCGCUCCAGGGCCUGGAGAUUGUGAACCCACAAGCAGCAGAGAAGAAGGUGGCCGAGGCCAACCAGAAAUACUUCUCCAGCAUGGCCGAGUUCCUCAAGGUCAAGGGCGAGAAGAGUGGCAUCAUGUCCACCUGAGGGGCAGUGCCCUGGGUGGCCACCCACUGAAGGGACACGGAGGCCCCAUGAGUCUGAAGGGGUCGGAGUCAGGGCUGGGAGAUUGCUGCAGGGAGAGCCACCCUGCCAUUGGUGGGCACCUAAACUGUUCAAGGAGGUACAGAGCGAGGCCCAGCCCCCAGCGCCAAGACUGCUGCCCCAUUCUAGGGGGGCAGAGCCAGUCUUCACCACACCUUGUCUUUAUUUUAACUGGGAGAGGAGACACUGUUGGAAAAACUGCAAUUAAAAUCACAUUGGCAGGCUCUGCCCUGGAAGUGA